UCCCUCGAAAGGUUGCUAGCCAAACUAGGUAAGCUAGUCAAGUAGUCAACUGUCAACAGAAGCCGAAUUAGGGUUUUAGAAAAACCUCUUCGUUUGAGCCCUCAAAUCAAAGGAACCAAACUUCUUCUUAUCAAUGGACACUAAGACAAAGGAGAGGAACACUCGAGAUGAUGAUACAGUAGCUCCCUCUUCUGUUAUCACUUAUCUCGAUCCUCAUUACUGGAACGACAGAUUUGGUAGGGAGGAACAUUAUGAAUGGCUCAAAGACUAUUCCCAUUUUCGCCAUCUCAUUUCCGACCAUAUUCACCCUAAUUCCUCUGUUUUGGAAGUGGGUUGUGGAAAUUCCCAAUUAAGUGAUGAAAUGUAUAAAGAUGGGAUUAAGAAUGUUACUUGCACUGAUUUAUCACCAAUUGCUGUUGAUAAUGUGCAGAAGAGGUUAUUGUUUAAGGGAUAUAAAGAAAUUAAGGCUAUGGUUGCUGACAUGCUAAACUUGCCUUUCACGGAUGAUACAUUUGAUGUGGUUAUUGAGAAAGGAACAAUGGAUGUAUUGUUCGUGGACAGUGGUGAUCCCUGGAACCCGAAAGCUGAAACUGUAAGCAGGGCAUUGGCAAUGCUCGAAGGCAUACAUCGGGUUUUGAAGCCAGAUGGUAUAUUCAUAUCCAUUUCUUUUGGGCAGCCACAUUUCAGGCGUCCGAUAUUUGAAGCUCCUAGUUUUACAUGGUCGAUGAAAUGGGACACCUUUGGUGAUGGAUUCCAUUAUUUCUUCUACACUUUAAAGAAGGGGACAAGAUCAUUGAAUAGUAAUCAACCUAGUGAACGGGCGGACUUUCCGUCAAUCCGCCUGCUUCAAGAUGAAUUGGAAGGUGAAGACUUCUUAUUCAGGACCAAUUUUGAUGACAUGUGAAGAAAUUGAGGUGGUGGACAGAAAGCCAUGCCCAAGAUAUAAGAUAGAAUGAAUGCUAAUAUGAAAUGUGUACUAUCAAAGCACUCUCAACAAUUAAAAGAAAUUAUUGUUGUUUUUUCAUUUUCCUAAUUUUGGUGUUGUAACUUUUAAGAGGUUUGCGGGAAGCUCUAACCACUAGGCUAUCCCUCAUCAUUAACCCCGUUUCGUUGGUGGGGCUGAAAAUUGUGUAUUAUUGUAAUAUUCACUCCUUGUUUAUGUAUUUAUGAAUUUUACCUGCA